CCCGGUUCCCGGACCCGGUUUUUUCAAAAUUCCGAUCUUUACUUGCUCCACAGGUGUUCUAUUUUUGCUUGCCUCACAAAAAUUUCCUCAAAAAAUAUUUUUAAAAUUAUUUUUUCUUCCUAAAAGAUUUUUAAAAAAUUCCCCAAAAAUGUUACAACAACCAAAUAUUUUCCUUCCUGAAACAAUUCAACAACAGCUACAACAACAACAACAAAGACAAUCACCCCCAAUAUUACAGACAAUUCGUCGACAACAACACCACCCCCAAGUAAAAACCCAACAAUUACCUAAUGGAGAUUCUAGAGUUAUCCGGUCUGAAGUUUGGAAUUGUUUUGACUUGGAUGGGUUAAAUGCUGUUUGUCGGGCUUGUAAUGAACGGUUAAAAGUUGGGCCGACUAGACAAACUUCCUCUCUUUGGCGUCACUUAAAACGUCACAGUCGAGAAGUCCAGGACAGACUAGUAAAGUCUUGGGCCGAAGCAGGCCUUCCCAGUAGAAGUGCAGAUAGAAUGGUUGCCAGAAUACAGAAUGGGGGGACACCCACAAAUUUAAUUGAACAACGAAAAAGAGAAUUACAACAACAACAAUAUUCCUCCCCUUCAUUUAAUUCUUCUAAUACAACAACUAAUUUUACUUCCUCCUCCUCUACUUGUAUCCAAAAUGAUACUGCAGGUCCUCUAGUUACUAGUUUGGAUUUGGAACAAUUAUUAGGACUUCAACAAAAUUCAAAUGACGGGGCAGCAAUAAAUGAGGGAGAAAUUUCCCCGUCCAAUAAAAUCAUUGAAGGGUUGGAUAAUAAUGAAAUUGAUGAAAUGGAUUUUGAGGUUGAAGAGGAAGAAGAGCCAAUUAAAGCUGCAAAAAGUGAGAGAGUUCAAGAGAAUUUUGAAAGAGCUGUUGUUGAAUUUUUGUUGGAAAAUGCUCUCUCAUUCACCAAAGUGCUUUUGCAGUCUCCAGCAUUUGGAGAAGUUCUACGUCUUUUCUCUUCUUCCCCAACAUUUUCAACAAAUUUAUUUCGCCCAAUUAUUCCUUCACCAGAACCUCUAUUAACUCGACUUGUUCCAAAAAUGUUUAUAGAAACUUUGGAUGAAAGAAAAGCACUUUUUGAAGAAGAUUUUUUUGUUUUAGUUUUGAGAAGAACAAAAAUUGAAAAUGCUCCAAAAGGAAAUACUUGUAUUUUAAGAAUUUCUGCUGUCAAGUUAAGCGAAAGUUUUGGCCUUUGUUCUCGUUGUUUGGGUGUUUUUGCCUAUCGAGGAGGUCUUCGUCGGUUAAGAGAUGCUCUUAGAAAGUGUUUUGAAGAAGGGAGUGUACAAUUAAAAUUAUGGCAAGUUUCUGCAGUUGUUCAUGAUGGAUCGUCUGAAUUUGAAGAACUUUGUGAACAAUUGGAUAUUCCUGGGCAAGUUUAUUUAAUUUAA